CUUGUAUUAGAAGUAGUUUGUGAGUGCAUGCAUGUUUAGUCGUAUGAUGGGCAUUAUGAGGAUGGUAUUGGUGGUGGUGGCACUGUUACGAUUGGAUGCAGAAGCGCUUGAUGUCGUGAAACUAAGACGAGUUGCGGCUAGAAACAAUUUAACCUGCAUCUUGGUCUUUGGAGAUUCCAGCGUCGAUCCUGGCAACAACAAUCGGCUCCCUACGACUGCUAAGGGGAACUUCCGACCGUAUGGGAAGAAUUUCUUUGGAGGCCGGCCGACCGGAAGGUUAACCAAUGGCAGACUCCCCACCGAUAUCAUUGCGGAAGCAUUUGGGGUGACGAGGUUAAUUCCAGCAUUUUUAGACCCAAAUCUAAAGAAAGAAGAUCUCUUGCACGGCGUGAGUUUCGCAUCGGCUUCAUCCGGAUAUGAUGAUCUGACUGCCAACCUCGCGAAGGUGCUUCCCUUAUCAAAGCAGGUAGAAUAUCUAAUGCAUUAUAAGAUCCAUUUAAGACGGUUGGUGGGAGAGAAAAUAGCAGUGGAGACGAUAAGGAAUGCAAUCUUUAUAGUAAGCGCCGGUACAAACGAUUUCCUCGCCAACUACUUCUUGGAACCGACUCGAUCCAAACAAUUCACGGUCGAUGGAUACGCGGAUUACCUGAUCGACCACGUCAGUAAUCUUACCAAGGCAAUCCAUAGACUAGGUGGGACCCGAUUCGUAGUAGUCGGCAUCCCACCGUUGGGGUGCAUUCCGAUUGUCAGGACAUUAACGGGCCAGACGGAUUGCGCCAACCAUUACAACCAAGUUGCAUCUUUGUUCAAUUCCAAACUAAAAGAUAGGUUAGCCACAUUGAAAAAGUUACUAGGUGUAAGAACUGCCUACAUUGAUGCAUAUAAGACCUUGAUAAAUGCAACCAAGAGGCCCAUGACAUAUGGUUUUACGGUGACAUCGCGCGGCUGUUGUGGAUCCGGCACGGUCGAAGUUGGUGAGACAUGUAAGGGUCAGAGCACUUGUAUGGACCCCACCAAAUACAUAUACUGGGACGCGGUUCAUCCGACAGAGAGGAUGUAUGAGUUUAUUGCUAAUGAUGCUGUAAGACCCAUUAUCAAGGAGAUCUUUAUUUAAGUGCUAGGAAUUUUCAUAUUUAUUGUGUUGUAGAAAGAUGUGAGGUCUCGAUGAAGAGUUCCAUGUAUUGUGAUUGGGCCUGGUUAUGUUUAGCCAUGAGCCGAAUAAAUGGGCCUGGUUCGAACCUAGUCCUAGUUUUGAUGA